UUCUGGUUUAUAUAAAAUGAAUGUAAAUUGUAAAAUGAUUUCCAAAAUUGAGCAGUGUUGUAAUUGAAGAGGGAACUAGAUUAGGUGGCGAGUGAAGAGAAGAUCGGUGAAGGAGUGAGGUAGCAACAGCACUGCCACUGCCACUACCAAUAGCAGAAUGGGAACCUUGGGCAGAGCUUUCUACGCCGUCGGAUUUUGGAUCCGCGAGACCGGCCAAGCCAUCGAUCGCCUCGGCUCUCGUCUCCAAGGCAACUACCUCUUUCAAGAACAGCUAUCUAGGCAUCGACCUCUGAUGAAUCUGUUCGACAAAGCUCCCUCGGUUCACAGGGAUGCAUUUGUGGCCCCCAGUGCCUCCCUCCUCGGCGAUGUCCACGUUGGCCCAGCUUCCUCCAUUUGGUAUGGAUGCGUUCUCAGAGGUGAUGUUAACAGCAUUACUAUUGGAUCUGGAACUAAUAUACAAGACAAUUCUCUUGUUCAUGUUGCCAAGUCUAAUUUAAGUGGAAAAGUCUUGCCAACUAUCAUUGGAGAUAAUGUCACUGUAGGUCAUAGUGCUGUGUUACAAGGAUGUACUGUUGAGGAUGAGGCAUUUAUUGGCAUGGGUGCAACCUUGCUUGAUGGUGUAUAUGUUGAGAAACAUGCCAUGGUUGCUGCUGGAGCUCUUGUCAGGCAGAAUACAAGGAUCCCUUAUGGAGAGGUUUGGGGAGGUAAUCCGGCAAGGUUCUUGAGAAAGCUCACAGAAGAUGAAAUGACCUUCUUCUCACAAUCUGCCUUAAAUUAUUCUAAUUUGGCUCAGGCUCAUUCUGCUGAAAAUGCAAAAGGACUCGAUGAGACUGAAUUUGUAAAGGUUCUUCACAAGAAAUUUGCUCGUCAUGGUGACGAAUAUCAUUCAGUGCUAGGUGGUGUUCAAGAAACUCCUACAGAGCUUAAAUCUUCAGAUAAUGUUUUGCUAGACAAAGUUCCCAAGGCUUAGUUUUUAUUCCUUCUUUUAUAGUGUCUUUAUGUGCGAUUUUCCAGAGAAUGGCUGCUUUUGUUUCCUGUAAGUUUGGAGAGCUCACACUGUUAUCUCUAAUAUCAACACAUGCUGCACGAGUUGGCAUGUGGCUUUGCUCACUGUGCCCAAUAAGAAGCCUUACUUUUUGUUUCUUGAUAAUGACUACAAUGGAACAGUUUGGUAUAGUUCAGUCAUCCAGGGACACACAUCUACAGUUUUACAGCACUGUAGUUGGGCAUGUAUUUUAAAAUAAAGAAUGUCAAUUCAGAUGUGCCGGUUGAACCUGUAUUUUCAUGGAUUAUGAUAUUUCUUUUCUUCGCCCCAUGCCAGCUAUACCUCUGCUGUCUAGGAUGUUAAUCACCACUGUUUUCCCCUUC